AUGAGAUUUCUAUGGAUAUUUAACUGCUGUAAAGCACAGCAGGAGGAUGACGAUGCAGAACAACCAUGGUUCAUUGCCAGGGAGUUUGAAACAGUGGUUUGGUAUGGGUUUGACUCUGAAUGGGAAUCCAUACAAGAGCGAAAGCAGAGGCUGAAAAAAUACAGCCUGGAAGAUCUUAAGAGACAACUAGAGCUGUUUGGUAUCACAAUAGUUGAAGUAAAAGGGCAAAAGAAGAGUGAGAAGAAGAUGAAGAGAGAGUACAGGAAACUUCUCAUGCGAAGGAUGAAAAUGGUGGAGACUGAGAGGGCCAGAAGGUCAGUUCAAGUCAGGAGGGGAAUGGAGCCAGAACAGAAGAUGGAUUUGGUGCAGAGGGGAGAGAAUGGCUUAGACCAGGAGAGUGAAAACACACAAGACGAAAAGCAGAGCUUGGAGACAUCUGCAGAGCUGAUUCCUGAACGGCAGGGUCUGAGGAAGGAGGCCCAGAUAUUAACAAAUAAAGUGGAUGAACCCAACAAUCGCAUGGAAGAGGAGUUUAUGAACAACAUUAAAGAGGAAGAGACACAAGAGGAGAUGAAGACUGAGGAAAUAAAGACAGACACAGAAGAGAAAAGAAGAGAGGAUCAGAAGAGGGAAGACAACAAGGAGGACAUAAAGGAUGAUGAAGUUGGAAAGGUGAAUGAAAAAGACUUCACAGAUGCACAAGAGGAGGGAUGGAAACAGGAACUAGACUUGAAGACCAAGACCCAUGGAGAGAAGGAGGAAGAGGUGGAAACAGAGGUGGAAGGUGGAAACAACAAGAUCAAAGAAGAGGAUGAUAUCCUGAAGGAGGGAAAGUGUGAGAAAACUGUUACAGAGGAAGGUGUGGUGACAGUUGAGGAGAGCAAGAAAAAGCAGGAAAACACAGAUGAUGCUGUGGCCUCUGGAACGAUGGCAACAGUCUCCUUGGAGUUGAUGCAGAAUGAGGAUCACGAGGAGAAGCAAGAAGAGGCUGCAGUAAAGGAGGAGAGAAUAAACAAAGAUGGGAAAGAAAAGCAGGAGGAGGAGGAGAACGGGGAGAACAAGAUGGAGGAGGAGGAGAAGGGAGAGAACCAGGUGGAGAAAGAGAAAGACACUGAAGGAAAAGAUGAAAAAGAACUGAAUGAUAAACUGGAGGAGGAGGAGAAGGGAGAGAACAAGAUGGAGAAAGAGAAAGACACUGAAGGAAAUGAAGAAGAAGAACUGAAUGAUAAACUGGAGAAGGGAGAGAAUCAGGUGGAGAAAGAGAAAGACACUAAAGGAAAAGAUGAAAAAGAACUGAAUGAUAAACAGCUGGAGGAGGAGGAGAAAGGAGAGAACAAGAUUGCUAAAGAGAAAAACACUGAAGGAAAAGAUGAAAAAGAACUGAAUGAUAAACAGCUGGAGGAGGAGGAGGAGAAGGGAGAGAACAAGAUGGAGAAAGAGAAAGAUGCUGAAGUAAAAGGAAAAGAGCUGCAUUAUAAGCAGCUGAAUGAGCAGAAGGAGGAAGAAGUUAACAUGAAGGAAAACGAGGGGCAAGAGGAGGUGACAGAAUAUGUGAUAGAGAUUAAAGAGGAGAAAAAGGAGGAGGAUACAGACAAGGCCACGGCUUUGGUGAAAACCAAAACAGUCUCCAAUGAUGUGACCCAGAGUGAGGAAGAUCAAGAGGAGGAGCUAGAUGUGGUGGUGGUGGAGAAGGAGACGGUGAAAGGAGAUGGUACGGAGGAGAAGAAGGAGGAGAAAGAAAAGGAGGAAGGAAAGGAGCUGGAGGAUAGAGAGGAGAAGGAGGAAAAGGAGAAGAGGUUACAGGAGGUGCAAGAAGAGGUGAAGGACUGUGUGGUGGAGGUAGAGGAGGAGGUUGAGGAAAAUGCAGAUGAUGGGACUCCACAGAAAGAUGAGACUACACACUCUUUGGAUCUGAUGCAAAAUGAGGAUCAGGAGGAGAAGAAAGAGAGGAUAGAGAGGAAGGAGAAGUUAAAAAGAGAAUGGAGAGAAGAGAGGGAGGAGGGAGAGAAUGAGAUGGAGGAAGAGAAAGAGACUGAAGUAAAAGAGGAGGAAGAGAGAGAGCAGCUGGGAAAUCAACAGCUGAAGGAGGAGAAGGAAGAAGUGGUAAAGAAAUUGAAGCAGGAGGAGGUGAAGGAGUGUAUGGUGGAGAAGGAACAGAAGAAGGAGGUGGAUGCAACUGAUGGAACUGUAGCCAUGGAGAUAAGACCAGAGGUUUCCCAGAAGAGAAACGCCACCCUAAAUGAAAACAGAAAGGUAAAGAAGAGAAUGCGAGGGUGUAGAGGCGGGAAGUCAAAAAACAAACACAAUCAACUGGAAGUGUACAAACAUACAUACAGAUCUUCAGGACAUACAGUGGAGGAUGGAGAGGAGCUGAUGGACAACAAAGGAAAGAAGGAAGAGGAGAAAAAGAAAGCAGAGAAGGGGGACAUGAAGGUGCAGAAGGAGCAAGAGGAAGUGAAGGAGUGUGUGGUGGAGGAGAAAGAGAAGGAAGAUACAGAUGAUGGGGCUGUGGCCGUGGAGACGACACUGAAGGUCUCGCUGGACAGCAACACCACCAUCAAUCAAGAGCAAGAGGUGAAGAAAAGAAUGCGAGGCUGUAGAGGCGGCAAAUCCAAGUGUGAGAUGACUGAGGAAAACAGACAGAAGCAGGACAUGAGAUAUGGACAACAACAUGAGUCCCAACACAGAAGAGGAGAAAGGCAUGAUAAAAGACAGGGGGUGAGAGACUGCUGGAGAGGUUCAAAUGGAUGCCAGACAGCUCCAGUGGGAUGCUGGGGAGAUGCAAAGAGAUGCUGGAGAGGUCCAAAGGGACCUUGGGGAGGUCCAAAGGCACAUGAGGAAGAGAAGGAGAAGCAGGACAUGAGAGUGAAGGAGGAGCCAGAGGAGGUGAAACAGUGUGUGGAGGAGAGAGAAGAAAAGGAUGAGGAAGAAGUACACAAUGGCACUGUGACCAUGGCAACUACAUUGAAAGUCCAUUUGGUCAAAGAGAGCAACACCACCACAAAUAAAGAUCAAGAGCUGAAGAAAAGAAUGCGGGGGUGUAGAAGCGGAAAAUCAAAAAACAAACAAAAGAAACAGGAAGUGUACAAUGAGACGACGGAGGAAAACAGACUGACACAGGACACGAAAGCUGGACACCAACGUGAGUUUGAGCACCAACACAGGGGAAUGGAAAGACAAAAUAACAGAGAGGGGGUGCAGGCACACUGGAGAGGUCCACAGCAGGAAGAUAGACAGACAAGAGAGGACAACCAAAGUCAACCCAGAAACCAGCACAGGCACAACAUGGCGGUGAGGGUAUGGUACGAGGCAGACGCAUGUGAACGUCACACAGAGGAGACGGCUAGAAGAGAUGAGAAGAAGCGACCGCAUGGGAGCCACGGGGGAAUUCACUGGAAUACAGGAGGCUUGGUUGUGCUGAGGAGAGGGCCAGUUUGGGCAGAACACAAGAACAGAGAAGGAGGACGAACACAGCAGGAGGAGAGAGGAGAGAGAAGGGAUGAGAGGCAGGGCCCUCGUCACCAAAGACAUGAGAGCACAUGGAGAGGAGAGAGGCAGGAAGAGGAACAGGAGGAGAAUGAAGUAGAAACAAAGGCCAUCAGAGGGUUGGAGUAGAGCAGAUGAAGAAACAGGAGCUUACAUUGCCAUGGGGCAGAAUAAUAUGAGUCUGCAGACAGAAGAAGAGAGAGACAUCAAGAGAAGAGCAGCAUGGAGAGACCGGAGAUAGAGAGAUGGCCGUCUGGACAGAGACAACAUGAUGGUCAUCCUAGAUACCAAGGAAACCCCUUUACACAUCACAGAACCAACAAUCAUUCACACACACUGCACACACACAAUAACAUUGCUGCACAAA